AUGAGCGGCGACCAGGACGCAGAAGCGGCAGCGAAAGCGGCUCUAGCGACGGCUACAGCCGCUGCCACGCCGUCAAAGACCGAGCAGAAGGAAGGAGAGAUCUCGAUCGAGGCGACUGUGGCGCCGUCGGAAGCAAUUGAGGCCAAGAAGAAGCUUGUACUGAAGCGCAAAGCCAGCAGUGAACAGGUGGUCCCCGUCGAGGCGAAAGCGUGCGCUGUAGAGAGCCCCCGCGCGUCGGUCAAGAAAGGUGGACCGUCCAAACCGGUCGAGGAAGAGGACACCGAGUCGGAGCCGGAGAAGCAGCCGAAGAAGCGCGUGAAAACGAGUAAAAAGGAACCCAAGACUGGUGGUCGUAGGAAGAAGACGCCGCAGUCGGACGACGAUGACGACGACGACGUUGAUGAAGAGCAAAAGGAGGUGGAGAGGAAGGUUGGUGCGCUGAGUGACGAGAUCAAGGGCAGGUUUGGCCAGAUUGUCUGGGCCAAAAUGGGAGGCUACCCGUAUUGGCCGUGUAUUAUCACGGACCCGAGACUGCUCUCUUCAAAGCUGCAGGAAACCGCUGUGAAAGUGCUGGAGACCAAGUACCUUGUGUUUUUCUACGUCUCGAAGAACUUUGCUCCUGUUUCGUUUCAAUUCAAGUACCGUGAAGGGUACCCGGAGAAAGACUCGAAGGCGCCUAAGCGACGAGAGAAAUUGAUGAAGGCCAUUGCAGCAGCAGAUAUAGAGACAAAGCUACCGAUUGAGGAUCGAGCAAAUGGUCUCAUGAGACCCGUAGAGAGGGAGAAGCUGGUCGUGACGCCUGUACCGGUCAAGCGGAAGCCUGGCCGACCACCGAAGAACAAGACAGCGGUCAAGACUGCUCCUAAGAAAACACCAAAAAAGCGACAGAAAAAAGACGAGUCAGCAGAUGUAAACGACGGCAAAAAAGCUUCUGUGAGUACGCUCGAAGAAGAAGAUGAUACCACUGGUCCGACACUUAGUAAGGAGGAAAUCAAGGCAAAGGUGGCGAGUCGUAAGACGCCGAAGAUGAAAGAAGGUGAUGGCACUGCCAGUGGUUCCAGGGUAUCUGUCAAAAAGACAGUUUCUGUGAAGCAUGGAAAAUCAAAAGGCUCUGCCGAAAUCGAUAGUAAACGAAAAAAGGAGAUCGAGCUUGUGGUCCCUCAUAAGUCCGUAAAGUCAGCCGACAUUCGUGAGAUGACGGACGAAGCUGCCAAGAAGAAACUGGGUUCUUUGAAGAAUAAGACGACGAGUGAUAAACGCAAGUACAAGGUGGGCGACCUUGGUUUGUUUGCAAGCAAAAUGGCACGGCUACAGGCAAAAGAGUCGGCGCGGAAUAAUGAUGAGCUGGUUGGCAUGAUGCAAGAGUUGUUCAAGGAAACGCUCAUGUAUCGUUCAGACGUGGAGCGGUCGGGUCUUGCUGCUAUAAUUGCGAUAUUGCGCAAGAGCUUGAGCCCCACUGUUGGGUACACGGCAAGCGCACUGAGAAAGCAUAUGAUCAACAUCCUGAGCAGCGAUACAGACAGUACAACUGUUUUGGGCAAAAGACCGCACGAUGUUACUGAGCAAGGCACGAAGAAGCGAAAGGCUGAAAACGGCAGCCGCUUGAAGGUAGAUGAGCCAAAGCAAAAGCCUAUGACCGGUUCUUCCUUUUCCGCUAUAGCAGACUUGGUCGCCGAAGAACCCUCACCGAAUUUUACGACGCUUCCUUCGAUAGCAAUAACAGCAAAGAAAGCGGAAGGGGCGUCGUCAAAGGGGAGCGCUGUGAAGACGGAGGAAAAGUUGCUCGUCCAGCCUGCUAAAGAUGUUGCUGAUAAGAAUGCACACUUGCGAGACACAUUGGCGAGCGCUGAGGAAGUUGCUGAGAAACGCGUAUCAUCUUUGGACAAGCAAUCGAUCCUUCCGUCGGUGGUGGUAGAUAAGCAUGUGAAUGGUGCAGCGAAAGACAACGUGGACAUGUUUGAAGCGCCAGAACACACGGACAAGAAUAGAUCGAUCUUUGUGGAAAUGCUGAGCGAAAUUCUUGAUCACGACGGGUCGAAGCGUGCGGAUCUGGCGAAAGAAAUCGAGGCAGCACUAUUUGAGCGAUUCAAGGAGAGCAACGACGAUUACUUGACUCAAGCGCGUAUCAUCAUAUUUGGCCUGAAGGAGAACGCCGCCAUGCGAGACCGACUCUUCUCUGGAGCCUUGCACUGCUUGGAAUUUGCCUACGCUGACGACGCGUUUUUUUGCAAAACGAUCGAGUGA